AUGGAAAAAGCUAUACCAAGAAGUGAUUCACGUAAGAAUAGACAUACAGGUUCAUGUAAACGAAGAAGCAAUGUCACUCGAUCAUUAUCAAACUGGCUGCAACCUUUUUCUGUCUUUGAGGAUCCCACCAGAGUGCCUUCAGUAAAUGUCUUGACAAAUCGGAUUCGGAAUUGUUUUUCAUUCCAAGGCAUAACUUGUAUCCAUGCGCUUCAUAUUUGCCUAAAGUUCGCUCGUCGAAAUAUGGUUUUCAAAUUAAGUUCCGAACUACUGGAUGCUUCCAAAGGGAGUGGCGAUGCCAUACGCAAACAGGAAGAGACUCAUAGAAUGACAGGGGCAAAUAGAGCUUUUGCACAUUUUCGUUAA